AUGACGAAGACAGUAAUUAAAAUCACCGUUUUUGUCCAGAACGGUGAUGCUAUCACCGCUGAAGAGAAAAACGGGGAAUCAAUCCCCGCGUUAGUAAAAGACGGGGAUAAUGUGACCGUUGACAAGGGAAACGCUGAAGCUAUAAUGACCGUUGAUGUAAAAAACGGUGAAGUGGCGCGGAUCGCUGAAGUGGACGCGCGCGGGCACUUCACCGUUAAUGACAAAAGCGGUGAUAGCCCCGCCCGCCAUGUCACCGAUCCUUGUCGUCAGUACCCUUCACCGCUACCGUCCGAUGCGGUGAGGCGCGGAUUGUGGUUUUUCUACACGAUCCGACGCCUCACAUGUCAUCACGUCAGCGAUCCGAGCCUUCGCCGCUUUUCUUCAACGCGGUGA